AUCCCCGCGACUGCAGCAGCGCCGGCUCCCUCCCGGUCCCCGCCUCGGCCCCGGGCUCCGAAGCGGCUCGGGGGCGCCCUUUCGGUCAGUGUCGUCGUCUACCCCCCCACCCCAGCCCCAGCCCCUGGGGACCCAGGCUCGCCAGCGCCCAGCCAGGGAGCCGGCCGGGAAGCGCGAUGGGGGCCCCUUCAGCCCUGCCCCUGCUCCUGCUUUUCGCCUGCUGCUGGGCGCCCGGCGGGGCCAACCUCUCCCAGGACGGCUACUGGCAGGAGCAGAAUUUGGAGCUGGGAACUCUGGCUUCACUCGACGAGGCCAUCAGCUCCACAGUCUGGAGCAGCCCUGACAUGCUGGCCAGUCAAGACAGUCAGCCCUGGACAUCAGAUGAGACAGUGGUGGCUGGUGGCACCGUGGUGCUCAAGUGCCAAGUGAAAGAGCAUGAGGACUCAUCCCUGCAGUGGUCUAACCCUGCCCAGCAGACGCUCUACUUCGGGGAGAAGAGAGCCCUUCGAGAUAAUCGGAUUCAGCUGGUUAGAUCUACACCCCAUGAGCUCAGCAUCAGCAUCAGCAACGUGGCCCUGGCGGACGAGGGUGAAUACACCUGCUCCAUCUUCACUAUGCCCGUGAGAACUGCCAAGUCCCUCGUCACUGUGCUCGGAAUCCCACAGAAGCCCAUCAUCACUGGCUACAAGUCAUCGUUACGGGAAAAGGAUACAACCACCCUCAACUGUCAAUCUUCUGGAAGCAAACCUGCAGCCCAGCUCACCUGGAGGAAGGGUGACCAAGAGCUCCACGGAGAACCAACCCGGGUGCAGGAAGAUCCCAAUGGCAAAACCUUCACCGUGAGCAGCUCAGUCACCUUCCAGGUCACCCAGGAGGAUGAUGGGGCAGACAUUGUGUGCUCUGUGAACCAUGAAUCUCUGAAGGGAGCUGACAGGUCCACCUCACAGCGCAUCGAAGUCUUAUACAAACCAACGGCGAAGAUCAGGCCGGACCCUCCACAUCCCCGUGAGGGCCAGAAGCUGUUGCUACACUGUGAGGGGCGUGGCAAUCCUGUCCCCCAGCAGUACCUGUGGGAGAAGGAGGGCAGUGUGCCCCCGCUAAAGAUGACCCAGGACAGCGCCCUGAUCUUCCCCUUCCUCAACAAGAGUGACAGCGGCACCUACGGCUGCACAGCCACCAGCAACAUGGGCAGCUACAAGGCUUACUACACUCUCAACGUGAACGACCCCAGUCCGGUGCCCUCCUCCUCCAGCACCUACCACGCCAUCAUCGGUGGGAUCGUGGCUUUCAUCGUCUUCCUGCUGCUCAUCCUGCUCAUCUUCCUCGGCCACUACUUGAUCCGGCACAAAGGAACCUACCUGACACACGAGGCGAAAGGCUCAGAUGAUGCCCCAGAUGCAGACACGGCCAUCAUCAACGCAGAAGGCGGGCAGUCGGGAGGGGACGACAAGAAGGAAUAUUUCAUCUAGGGGCGGCCCUCCAGGGACCCCGUGGGGACUGCUGGGGCCAUCACCAACCUGGACUUGUACAGAGCGACCCCAGGGCCGCCCCUCCCGCUUGCUCCCCAGCCCCCUCCACCCCCCUGUACAGAAUGUCUGCUUUGGGUGCGGUUUUGUACUCGGUUUGGAAUGGGGAGGGAGGAGGGCGGGGGGGAGGGAGGGUUGCCCUCAGCCCUUUCCGUGGCUUCUCUGCGUUUGGGUUAUUAUUAUUUUUGUAACAAUCCCAAAUCAAAUCUGUCUCCAGGCUGGAGGGGCAGGGGCCUUGGAGUGAGGAGAGAAAAAAAAAAAAGAAAGAAAGAAAGAAAGAAAAACCCAGAGCGUUAGGAGGAGAAUGAAGAGAGGGUAGGGGCUGGAAAGGAGCAGGGUUUGUGGGGUUGUGGGGGGGAGGGGUGCCCAACCCUCCAUCCUCUACAGCAGAGCCUCUUAUCGGACUUCUCCAAGAAAGGGACGCUUUCGAGCAGGAGCUGAAGGUGGCUUUUCCUCUGUUAGUGGCACACCUUGAGCUGUGGAAGCAGCAGGUACCGCUGACCCCCUCUCCUCCACCCCAAUGGGAAAGGAGUGAAUGGGGGUCCCCAGGGGAUGUGACCUGCAGGUGGCAUGCAGCUGUGCAGGGACCCAGGGCUUCCCCCUGGGGAGGACGCAGGUCCCUACAGGAGGGACAGAUUUGGAGAGGAAGGAUGGCAGAGAUGGCCCCGUCUGCCCUUUGCCCCCCCCCACAGUGAGUGAAGCCAGGCCCUUUUCCCAGGAACCGCCCUUGGGGGCUAGCAGAGACAGGCUGCCCCUCCCUGCUCCAGCAGCUGUGGGAGAGGGGCUGCCCUGGGGCCUGAACUGCAUCUGCUUCCCCACCCAGGGGCCCCUUACUCUCACCCAAGCCCUGGACUGUUGCACGGCAACCACUCUCAGCAAACUGCUCUCCUUGUCUUGUGCUGCCCUGUGCCCCUUCCUGUUCCCUAAGCUGUCCCUUAGUCCUCCCUCCCUCCCCCCCUUCCUCCCUCAGCAGCCAGGCAGACAUAACAACAAAAAUACUAAAAGGCGCUUCACUGCACUGAGCUGUUUCCUGCCCCAACGAAGGGAAUACUGUGAGUGUGCGGAUGUGUGUGUCCAUGUGUGUCUGUGCACAUACAUGUGUGUGUAUGAAUGUGAGGCAGAGGGGGUCCUGGGCAGGUGGGCGGGCUGUGGGGCCUGUACAGGAGGGCUUUGGGAGCUGGGGGUCCCUAGGCGGGCCUUGCACCUCACCUGGGAUGUUGCUUCGUCCUGCUAUUUUCCAGGCCUUCCUGACACCUACCUGUCAUAGAGAAAACCACCCCAGGGGGUGUUUGAGCUCAGCCAUCCACUUCAUCUCUCCCUCAAACACAGGGCAUCCAAUCCCUGCCUCCAUGUCCCCUCUCAGAGCCAUGGCGUCAGUGCCAGAGCCUUUGCUAUGCAUCCCUCAGGCCUCUCCCUGGCACUACCCUGGAAUGACCACUGUCAUUUCUUAUUCCCAUAGUGUGUACCCGGUGUGUUGAGGGCUGGAAUGAAACCGCCUGUCUCCUUCCCA